GAACACCACUUCAACAUGUCGUCGAAGUCAAGCGUCCCAACGCAAAACGACAUCACCGUCUCUGAGAACCUCCUCAAGAAGAGGAAGUCUCAAGAGAAGGCUCGCGAGGAGCGCGCGAUCGCGACCCGCGAAAAGCGAGACAAGAACAAGAAGAAGCGCGAGGUCAUCUUCACACGAGCUGAAAAGUAUGUGAAGGAGUACCGCGAUGCUGAGAGGGAGCGUGUACGAUUGUCGCGCGAGGCCAAGAAGAGCGACAGCCUCUAUGUGCCCCCAGAGCCAAAGCUAGCCUUUGUCGUCCGCAUCAAGGGUAUCAAUAAGAUCGACCCUAAGAAGCGCAAGACAUUGCAGCUUCUGCGUCUGCUCCAGAUCAACAAUGGUGUCUUCAUCAAACUUACCAAAGCUACCAUGGAGAUGUUGAAGAUCGUCGAACCGUUCGUGGCUUAUGGUUACCCAAACCAGAAGUCUGUUCGUGAGCUCAUCUACAAGCGCGGUUAUGGCAAAGUGGACAAGCAACGCCUGCCUUUGACUGACAACGAAAUUAUCGAGCAGAACCUUGGAAAGUUCGGCAUGAUCUGUUUGGAAGACCUGAUACAUGAAAUCUACACUGUCGGCCCGAACUUCAAGGCGGCGUCAAACUUCCUUUGGCCGUUUAAGCUUAACAGCCCUACCGGCGGCUUCCGUAAGAGGAAGUUUAAGCAUUUCAUUGAAGGCGGCGACCUGGGCAACCGGGAAGACAAGAUCAACGAGUUGAUCCGACAGAUGAACUAGUUUGAGUAGUGAAGAUUUUGGUUUUGUUCACGGUUUGGGCGCGCAAAAAGCUGGUCGGAUAUACCAUGGGAACUGAGCAUUUACACGGGCGUUUGGGACGGUCAUCUUAACGAGACCACGUGCACGAUGCAUGCAAUAUCGAAAUUCAUGACGCAACCUUUGUGCGCCACGCCUCAUCAAAAGCUGAAGCAAGCUGUGCCGAGGUAAUAUCGAUGGCUUAGUCCGAAACAUUCAUCUCACUAAUCGUACGUUGUUGU